UUAUUUUUAUGAAUCUGCAAAUUAUCUUUGUUAUUGUUUCUCUAUGAUUCAUCGUUUUCAGUUGAUGAAUUAUAUCACCCAAAUCCGACAAAAAAAUUGGAUCAUCAUCCGCUGUUUUCGUGUCUGGGUUUCGAUUCUUAGGUCUCACCUAAAUUGGAUGUUAUGUCUCUGUGUGUCUGUUUGUUAUAUUAUAAUUAUAUAUCAAUGGGUUUAAUAAUUUUAGUUUGAAGUUUCUGGGGAUCUGAAUUCGAUUGCAAAGUAAAGAUGAUUUCGUUGAGUUAUGGUGAAAUAAUGGCUGCAGCUGAAGCUAGAGCAGUGUGGCAAAGAACUGUUAACCGUUGCUUUGUCCAAGAAGACGCUAAAAGAGCUCCCAAGUUUACCUAUUGCCAGUCUUCUUCUUCUUCCUCCACUGCUUCAACUAAGCAAGUCCAAGACUCUGGAUCUUCUCGAGCUUCUCUUGAACCACUUAAUCAGUCAUCUCUUGCAGGUUUCAUGCCUCUUCAUCGUAACCCGAAUUUUCAUGAUCUCUUACCUCACAACACCGGAUUGUGGAGUCCUCACCAUCCCUUUCAGAUGAAUAAGAAGCCACUGGAGUCUGAGGUCAACAAUCAAGGCGUACCCGAGAAGAAGCCUGAAUUGGGAGCUGGAGAGAAACAAGGGAAGUCUUUUAAUUCCGAAAGCUUUCAAGAGUUUAUAGAGUUAAUGGAAACAAGGGAAAGUUAUGGCUCAACCGGGUAUGAUGAGUCCACUGUGAAAAAGUUAAAUGAGCCAACUUUCGAUCCGAGCUCGCCAUGGAAUCCUCUCGCAAGCGAGAAAGCUGGACCGUGGUGGCGAACUACGGAUAAAGAUGAAUUAGCUUCCUUGGUUGCACAAAGAUCGCUGGACUAUGUUGAGAACUGUGAUCUUCCAACACCGCAGAAGAUGAAACGCUCUUAUUAUGGUAGUCCACGUGGUUUUGAUUCUGUCUCUAACCAAACCAUCCACGAGCACGGGACAAGCAGAGGAAACAGCUGCAAGAACAGAACCGAGGCUUCGUCUGAGUCUGAUUUAAGCAAAUCGGAACUACUAGAAGCGCUGAGGCAUUCCCAAACGCGGGCAAGGGAGGCGGAGAACAUGGCUAAAGAAGCUUAUGCAGAGAAAGAGCACUUGGUGAAGCUCUUGUUCAAGCAAGCAUCAGAGCUUUUCGGGUAUAAGCAAUGGCUACAACUGCUUCAGCUCGAAACACUUUACCUCCAAAUCAAGAACAAGAAGGUUGAGAAUAACAACAACAGGAAGAAGGGAAACGAGCCACCGGUAUCCAUCCCUUGGAGCAAUUGCGAAGCAAGAAAGCCGGGGAGAAAGAGAAGAAGCAAAAAGGGUAAACCGAAUGGAGCUAAGUACGCGGUUAGUUUAGCUCUGGGGAUGAGUCUUGUUGGUGCUGGUUUGCUUCUUGGUUGGACUGUAGGAUGGAUGCAGAUGCUAUCGUUCUAAUCAAAAGAGAAAGAGAAGAGAAGAAAAGAGACGAAAGACCUCGAAAGGUUUAUCCUCUUUUUUCUCACUGAACAGGUCUUGAAAUGAGAGUUUAAGAUGUGCUUCGAAUGCAGCUUUUGGAUUUCGUUAAUGAGAAUGUAAAUUGUUGUAAGAAUUUUGUUAAUAUUGUGCUUCUUUACUUUCUUCUACGUAUAGUUUCUCAUCUUUUUUUGUUUUUUCUUGAAAAUCAUAUGAUCUUUCGUGUAAGUAAGUACCUUUCAUGUAAAAUCUGCAUAUAUUACUUUUUCUUAGCUUUA